GCUCAGCAUCACAUCCACUUCCCGUCUCUCUCUUCCUCUCUCUCUUUAUUUCUCUCUCUCUCAAACUCCCGAAGACUGUGGCGCCUCUGUGCACCCUGCAACCUGCGCACUGACGAGCACGCCGAAAAUAUAAGACACGUUUCUCUGUUUUUAACUGUGUAAACCUGUGUUUUUACCUAGCCUGUUUCAAUGGGUCCACAUGCAGUACUCCUCUGCUCCCUCUUUGGGGUCAUCCUCACUCAAGGAACUAAAGAUAUCACUCUGGAGGAUUGUUGUGAAGAUGGUCAGAGACGCGGCAAGGAGGGUGAAGACUGCUCCUCCCUCCCUUUGAUGUCUGAUUCAGUCACCUGCAUGAUAGUCAGGGAGCAGUGCUGUUUGUCUGUCCUGGAGGAUAACAUGUGUAGCACCGGCAUCAACACAGCCAAGAGCCAGGGAGCCUGUGAUGCCCUGUUCACCAGCACCUGCGACGCUAAGACUACAAAGAUGUGCUGUGAGUGCUGUCUGUUGGGGAAGGCCCUCCAGGAGAAAGGCCUGCCCUGUGACAAUAAGCUGUCAGUCAGUUAUCAGUGUGGGCUUGUGUCCCGGGCCUGCUGUGUGCAUGAUGUCCCUGACAAUCAGACGGAUUCAACUGGGACAAAUGAGUUGCCGAACAAAGAUGAAACCCCCAAAAAUGGAGACAACUCUGUGUUAUCAGAUCAGUGCAAUGGAGUCUGUGCUCAAAAGUGUGUGGGUAACAACACCUGUGGCUGCUUCAAAGGCUACAAACUCAAACCAGAUGGAAAAGGCUGUGAUGAUAUAAAUGAGUGCUUGUUGGGCUCCAGUAACUGUCGCAGUGGGGAGCGUUGCAUUAACACCGAGGGGUCAUUUCGGUGCCAGAGGGAGGUCAGCUGUGGGACGGGCUACGAGCUCACUGACACCAAUGACUGUGAAGAUAUAAAUGAGUGUGAGACAGGCAUCCAUAACUGUGGUCCAGAAUUCGAAUGCCAAAACACACAGGGCUCGUUCCGCUGUCUGCCCAAAGCCAAGUGUGACACUGGCUAUAUCCAGGAUGCUCUUGGAAACUGCAUGGACAUAAAUGAGUGUUUGAGUCAGACUGGACCCUGCCACAGAGGACAUCUCUGUAUCAACACAGAGGGGUCCUACACCUGUCAGAGGAACUCAGUGAACUGUGGCCGAGGAUACCACCUCAACGAAGAGGGCACACGCUGCAUUGAUAUUGAUGAAUGCAAGAAUCCUGAUAAAGUCUGUGAGGGUCAUGGUUGUGUAAACUUGGUGGGCUCCUAUCGCUGUGAGUGUCAACCCGGGUACACCUUUAACAGUUUCAGCAGAACUUGUGAAGACAUAAAUGAGUGCAGACACUACCCUGGUCGCCUGUGCGCUCACAAAUGAAACACACGUGGCUCAUACAAGUGUAGCUGCACCACGGGCUUCAAGCUGUCCCCUGAUGGCAGGAACUGUGAUGAUUUGAACGAGUGUGAGGAGAACCCAUGCAGCCAGGAGUGUGCUAAUGUCUAUGGCUCCUACCAGUGCUAUUGUCGCAGGGGCUACCAACUUAGUGACAUAGAUGGCCAGACAUGUGAAGACAUUGAUGAGUGUGCACUGCCCACUGGUGGUCAUAUUUGCUCAUAUCGCUGUCACAACACCCCAGGAAGUUUCCACUGCUCCUGCCCUGUGAGCGGUUACACACUGGCUCCUAAUGGCCGUAGCUGUCAAGAUGUAGAUGAGUGUGUGACUGGGACACACACAUGCACAGUGAACCAGAGCUGCUUCAAUCUUCAAGGAGGAUUUAGAUGCCUGUUUUUUGAUUGUCCGCCAAACUACCGCAAAGUGGGAGAAACAGUGACCACACGUGCAGAUGUUCGCUGUACAAAGCACUGUCAACCCAAUGACUACAGCUGUGCCCUGGACCCGGUCACCUCUAUAUCCCACACAUUCAUCUCCAUGGCAACCAUGAGAGAGUUCAUUAGGCCAGAAGAGAUUGUGUUCUUGAAGACUUCGGUGAGUCCGUAUGGCACCUAUCACCUGGGCAGUUACGAUGUGAAGUUUGAGAUCCAGGAGGGCAAUGUGGAUAACGCUUUUGACAUCAUCAAGAGGGUGGAGAAUGGGAUGUAUGUGGGUGUGGUGCGGCUGGUGAAGCCUCUGAUUGGUCCGAUGUCCACCGUCCUCAAGCUGCUCAUGCGCAACCUCAGCUCCCAGGGCGAGAGCAGCCACCAUGUCAUCAAUGUUCACGUCUUUGUCUCUGAGUUCUGGUUCUGAGAAGCAAGCGCAUGUCACCACUUGGUUAUAUUAUGAUUGUGAUAUCUAUUUUCAACACUGUACACUUAUGUAAUAAAUGCUUUGAUAUAUAUUUUUGAUUUCAAUUGAUAGCUAAGCUGCAUUUUUUUUUAUUUUACAGACACAUUCAGCAUGAUGGGCAUAGUAUAAUGAGUAUUUGAAAGUUUAAUGUUUUAUUUUUGUGGAAAGUGCAUGUUAUGUUUUGGCUGUAAACUCUUGUAGGCCUAAUAGCUGGAUACUAAAUAUUGCUAGUUAAGCCUGUACAAAUCACCCUUUCUUCCUUAUAUUAUUUGAUCAGAAUUUUUAUACAGAAUAAACAUUAUUUUAGACAA